AAUUUUAAUUGCAAAUUAAUUUUUAAAAUUUAAAUUUAUAGAAAAGCAGAGAUAAUGAAAAAUGUCUGCAACACUACUAAAGAAGAGUAUACAAAUUGUUGAAGAAUCCCAAAUUGAGAACAAAAAAAAUAAAAACGAUUUGAUAAGUAAAAAUAAUGUAAAGGGCAAACAUUUGAAAAGAUUAAAUGAUUCUGAAGCAGAACUUGAUAAAAGGAAAGAUAUAGUAAAGCCCAAAGAGAAAAAGAAAAAAGUGGUGCUUGAUAAGAGUACAGCAGAAAUGUUAUUUGAAUACGCUCGUGGUGAAAGUCGAAAGAAUUUAUUGGAAGAAAGUAAACAAAAGAAGAAGAAAGAAGAAUCUAUAUUUACUGAAGAAGAUUUUCAGAAAUUUGAACGAGAAUAUUUUGGAUGAAUUUUUUUUUUUUUUUUUGUAAAUUUUAGCCAUAAGUUUUUUUUUUUUUAAAUUUACAAAAUAGUGUAAUUAACCGAAUAUAUAAUGGAAACAUU